UAAAAUGAUUUGGCAACCCUUAAAUCUGACCGAAGUUUGUCCAACGUACACGCCUAUAACCGCCUGCUCUUCCUUCGGAUAUGUUUAUUUGAACUUAUUAGUGCAAUUAUAUGGAGGUUCCCGAGAUGAGAGGCCACAUAGAGACUACAGGGAGCCGGAAGACAUCAGAGAUGAGUACGACUUUAUCGUGGUCGGAGCCGGCUCUGCAGGUUGUGUGGUUGCCAACAGGCUAUCCGAUAACCCCAGCUGGAAGGUGCUUCUUUUGGAGGCAGGUCCAGAACAACCAGAUGUGACUUUAGUCCCAGGCCUAUCAACUGCUCUGAUUGGAUCCAACAUAGACUGGGCUUACACGACAGAGCCUAAUGAAAAGAGCUGUGUCGCUCGUCCAGGGGGAAGAUGUCCUUGGCCAAGAGGUAAGGUGAUGGGAGGUUCCAGCUCAAUCAACUCAAUGGCAUACAUCAGAGGGAAUAGAGCUGAUUAUGAUGGUUGGGCCGCACUUGGCAACGAAGGUUGGAGUUACAAAGAUGUACUACCGUUCUUCAAAAAAUCGGAAAGAAAUGUAAACAUAGAGGCUUUAAACAGCGUCUACCACGGCGUCACGGGAGAGCAGUACGUGUCGAGAUACCCUUACAUAGAUAAACCUUCGUUGAUGCUAACCGACGCUUUCAACGAAAGGGGCCUCCCUCUGACCGAUUUCAACGGAGCGCAACAGUUGGGCACUAUGCAGGCCCAGGCGUUUUCUCUUUCGGGUGAAAGAGUUUCAACGAACACAGCCUUCAUACAACCCAUCAGAUAUAAAAGAAAAAAUUUAACCGUAAAACCGAAUUCCGAAGUCCUGAAAAUACUUAUCGAUGAAAACAAAAGGGCAUAUGGAAUAAUUUAUAACGAAAAUGGAAAUAUUUUGACUGCAUUUGCUAAAAAAGAAGUGAUAGUCAGCGCAGGAUCGAUUAAUUCACCAAAGUUACUGAUGUUGUCUGGCAUCGGGCCAAGAGAUCACUUAGAAAAAAUAGGAAUACCCGUCGUACAAGAUUUAGCCGUUGGAGAAAAUUUACAUGAUCAUGUUUCUUUUGACGGUAUAAUUGUAGCUUUAUCUAAUAAAACAGCAACAACAGUCAGCGAGGAGGAAGUAUUAGAAGCAGUUCAAGAUUACGCUGCAAUGAAAAUCAAACGUGGUCCUUUAUCUGGCAAUGGCCCGGUUAACUCCAUAGCGUUUAUUAAAACCGAUCCAGAUUUAAUCGCGCCAGAUGUACAAUUUCAAGUAAACUACAUUCCAAAUUGGAGAGAAUUUCUUGAAGAUCCGAUAACAGGCGCAUCAGUUUCAAUUUUCCCAACAGGAUUCUACGAUGCUGUUUUACCGAAAACAAUGAAUUUAGUGCCUAAAAGUAGAGGCGCACUGUUAUUGAACGAAUCGAAUCCGAACGGUCCACCUAUACUUUACGCGAAUUACUUCAGCGAUGAAAGCGACUUAAUACCUUUAUUAAAAAGCGUCAGAUUUCUCUUAUCUUUAGAAGAUACGGAAGCAUUUAGAUCGAACGGUGCAUAUUUCGUUCGGGAGCCAUUACCGGCUUGUAGAGAUCAUGUCUGGGGCACGGACGACUACUACAUAUGCUUAGCUAGGUCAUACACAUCGACCAGUUACCAUCCAGUGGGAACUUGCAAGAUGGGUCCGGCGUGGGAUGAAAAGGCAGUUUUAGAUAAUCAAUUAAGAGUGUACGGCGUUUGUGGAUUGAGAGUUAUCGAUGCGUCUAUUAUGCCGUUUGUCAAUCGAGGAAACACGAACGCUCCAGCGUUAAUGAUCGGAGAAAGAGGUGUGGAUUUCGUUAUGAAGUACUGGCGUGAACACAAUGAACCUUAUUGUUCCUACUGAUUAUAUUUAACGUAACGUACGUUCACGUUUAUUUAGCCAAAUAAUCCCAUGUAAUGUAUUA